ACCGUCAGUAAACAUGCAGUAUGAUGUGCAGCUGCAGCUCUAACCGUGUGUGUCUGUGUUGAAGGAAGCUUUGCACGUCGUGCCUGUGCAGAGGCUCCAUGGGUCACCGCCGUGCGUAACGCUGGCUCUCCAUGGAAGACUGCUUGGAGAAGCGGCUCAUCGCAACCCACACUUCAAGUUAGUGAGUGACCCUUUAAACAUGAUGAGUAUAAACCAGGACGGGAUAUCCUUACCGGUGCCUUGCUUCGGAGUUCGUCCCGGCCGAGAGAGCCUCGUUGGGGAAAGACAGUGGAGGAGGUAGUGGAGGUGUUGGGAUCCCCGCAGCUGGGACCUUCUGGCAGGACUCUGUGGUCACCAGCGGGAAUCUCAGCCCGACAUGCAGCAACCCGAUGGAAGGAGGGGGCUUGCUGUCCACCGGGAAGUCGUGCAAAAGCAGGCCGGUGACGGUGGCCUAUGUGGUGAACGGAGAGGCUAGCCAGCAGAAUAACGCGGAGAGCAUGGCGCUGCAGUGCCUGAAGGACGCCUGCGAGACAUCGGGCAGCAGGCUGGAGACUGUCAACUUCGGGAAGCUGGACUUUGGGGAGACCAUGGUGCUGGACAGCUUCUACAAUGCAGUAUUGUGCCAGACUGUCAUCAUGGGGGAAACCAUGAGGCUGGACUUUCCACUGGAAAUCUAGGAGCGGAGAUGCGAACCUGAAC